AUGUAUCGAAAACUAACAAUAUUCGUCACUUUGUGUGGUUUUACAAUUGGUUCAUUUCUAGACGGUGAUAUAGAUUUAGCUGAUGGUGUUAAACUAGUGAAGAUAGAAACGAACUCCAUAGAAGAUGGGAGCAGAUCUUUUGGUGACAACUCGGCCUUGACUCGUAUGGCGAAGUUUCUGGAAGGGCACGAGUUGCAUGUUAGGUUGCCCAAUUUGAUUGAGAAGGAACGUGUGACGCAGUACUUGGCUGAUACUUUGAAGUUGGUGGAUAGCAGCUACAAGGAAAAUGCAGCUACUGGUAGAGGCAAAGGCGGCGGUGGUGGCGGCGUGGCAAUCAUUGGUAUGAUGUUCGCGAAGGCGAUGGGUGCUAUGGGUCUAGGAGGCGUCGGGUUUCUCACUAUGAAGGCUCUGGCUGUGUCUGCCCUCGCCUUGUUGUUAUCAGCCGUCGUGGGAGUCAAGAAACUCACUUCCCAUGAGGGUCAUGAUGAUCACCAGGUAAUUUACGCAGGUCAUCAUGGUCACCACAGACGGAAGAGAGACAUCACACCAUUGCCCUACAGAGGAUGGACAGAGUAUGAGGACAAGGAGUGA